AUGAUCCCCAGUUGCUCCCGACUAAGACACAAGGCGUUUAGGUCAAAAGAGCACUGGAAGGUUGAACUGUCACAAUUCUACAGCAGACUGACCGUCGGAGGAUGCGAUACCCGAGAGCUGCUGAAGUUGGAUUACAACAAGGGCAUAGUGGUCCACUCGUCACCCAACAUUUCGAUUUCUACGUAUCUGAAAUAUAAUAUCCACGCCGUCAAGGAAUAUGAUAUGCUGCAAACAAUUCAGAUCCCCGUCUUAUCGAUCAUCAUUAUCCGUUUAUCCGACGUCAACAAACCUGGUGUCGAGGUCGAUGACCUCAAACGACAGGAAGUCGAGAUGCAUCCGCGAAUUGUGGACACCCAAGGCUGGAACCGCUGCAAACCCAUUUUCAGCAAGAUCGUCUCUCUGCACGCCGAGAGCAAUGCAAGCGGAUCGUCCUGUCAAGUGUUGGGUGUGAUUGGACAGCUCCCAAAGGUGCACACUGGUCGCUAUUUCCGGAUGUAUCGAGAAGCAUUGGCGACUUUUAGGGAAGUGUCCAACUUGACCGACUCGCUACCCACAUUCUUGCACUUGAUGCAACCGCAGCCAAUCUACAUCUGUAUCAUUUUUACAGAAUCCAAAUACAUUUGUUUCAAUUGCACUACUUUGACGCAUAUCGACCUUUCAAUGUCAAUUGCAGUCUUGGUCAAUCGGACAACAUUUAACUAUUCUAACAGCGAAGUUUUGAAGCCGCAAGAAUGGCUUCUGUCGCCACCACAAACUUUGCAGUUCCAAAGGACAGCCUACACUGUCCGAUUACUGAAACCCUACAGUGCGCGGGUGGUCGACCGGUCAGCAGUGAUCGAGCACCUCCCAAUGCUCCCAAGUAGCUUGCAAUGCGAUGCAAAGGCAAAGGACUCAUUUGAAAAUCUAAAAGGGAAUGUCAUUUGGGCGGUACAAUAG